AUUAAAAUCUAAGAGGCAACUAACUGGCCGUACCACUAUACCAGCAGUGCAAAAAUUUACAAGAGUAAGGUCUAGAAAAGUUCCCUGUAAGUGGCAGUAAUCUAUUCACCUAUAUUAUAUAUAUGUCCUCUCUUUUGGUUUGUGUUUUCAUGACUUUCUUCUCAUUAGGAAGGCAAAGAAACAUAAUACUUCUCCGGGUGGUUUGGACGAUACCCGACAAUCAAUGGAAGACUCAACAAAAAGCAGAAGCACGGAGACUGCUCCUUCUGACGAUUCAGACAACACCCAAGAGCCACAAAAUGUGGAGUUACAAGAGAGUCCUAGCAUGAUUGAUACUUCCAACAAUACAGAAAUGGCGUCACCAGUUGAGGAACCAGAAAUAAGUCCAGGCGACGAAGUAGGUGCUGCAAUAGAAAGGAUUCUGAUGACUCUAUACAAGUUGGUUCACAAGGGGGAUUGGAAGCGUGUCAAGUACUAUCUUGAGAUACACCCUGACGGAUUGACUAAAGAAAUUUCAUCAAACGGGGAAACUGUGCUCCAUCUUGCAGUACUAGGUGGGCAUGUGAAUAUUGUGGAGGAGUUAGUCCAUAUGAUGAGUGCAAAAGACAUGGAAAUUCAAAAUAAAACAGGUGAAACGGCACUUUCUCUUGCUGCAGCAGGGGGAAUCACAAAAGUAGCUAAGCCUUUGGUGAGAAAGAAUCAUGCUCUCCUAGGGAUGAAGAACUACAAUGGUAAUAUCCCAGUUGUCGUGGCUGCUCAAUUUUGCAAUGUCGACAUGGUACAUUACCUUUACUGGGCAACUCAAGAGCAAGAUCUGGAUCCGGAAAGAAGCGACCAAGGUGACAAGCUUCUUACUACGUGCAUCGUUGCCCAAAUAUACGAUGUAGCUUUGGAUCUGGUCCAGCAGUUCCCAGGAUUGGCUAUUGAAGGCGAAACACUACAUAAAUUGGCUACUAGACAAUCAGCAUUCGCAAGUGGAACACAAUUGGUGUUCUGGAAACAAUGGAUCUACUCAUGUAUUCCUGUCCCUCGGCCUCAGGUCUCUAAUAUUCACUGGGACAUUGAAGCUAACCAAGGAAUACCUGGUAGCAGACAAAACAUCAUUAUACAAGCACUCAAUCAUCUGUACGGACAAGUAUGGGAUCUCCUAAAAUUCCUCGCCCCCUGCAUCAAGCAUAUUCAUGAUAUUAAGGUAAAACAUGGUCAAGUCGAUGAGCUGUUAGGCAGCAUUUCCAAUGAUAUAUCAACAUUGACUCAUCCAGAGAUAAAAAGAUCAAAAUUAUUUGGAGCGGUAUUUGACGCUGUUAAGCACAGGAACUCCGAGAUUGUCCAACGGAGCCUGAAAGUAUAUCCCGAUUUAGUUUGGAUUCUGGAUGAGGAAGAUCGCAACUUAUUUCUAUUUGCAGUUCUGCACCGGGAAGAAAAGGUUUUCUGCUUGUUGCAUGAAAUGGGGCCAAGAAGGAACUUAAUAGCCACUAGCAUGGAUAGAAACGGGAACACCAUCUUACAUCAUGCGGCGAUGCUAUCACCUUCUUCCCAUCUUGAUCACAUUUCUGGUGCAGCUUUGCAGAUGCAGAGGGAGCUCCAAUGGUUUAAGGAAGUAGAGAAACUUGUUCAACCAAUGUAUCGAGAACUGCUCAAUGAUAAAGGUAUGACAGCUCGCGCUUUGUUUACUUCACAGCACGAUAAAAUGAGCUUACAAGGGGAGAAAUGGAUGAGGGAGACCGCGACAUCUUGUACGGUGGUGGCAGCUCUUAUCGCUACCAUUAUGUUCACAUCAGCAUUCACAGUGCCUGGCGGUUUUGAUAACGAAACGGGUGAUCCCCUGAAUUUGGAUCAUGAUUACUUCAUGACAUUCAUAAUUGCGGAUGCUCUGUCCUUGCUCUCUUCUGCCAGUUCACUCCUAGUGUUCCUCGGUAUUCUCAAAGCGCGGUACAGUGAAAGUGAAUUCCUAUUCUCCUUGCCAUGUAAACUGCUUCUGGGAAUCACCACGCUUUUCUUCUCAAUAGUGACGAUGAUGCUCACCUUUGCAGCUACCAUUUUUAUCAUCCUUCACGACCGAUUAUCGUGGAUUUGCAUUCCCGUUGUCCUGUUUUGUGGCAUACCAGUUAUGAUAUUCACAUUUCCUCAAGUUCCACUCAUUUACGAGAUUUUCGUUUCAACAUUUGGACCUGGUAUUUUCCAAAGGCCAAAUAAGCGUUGGCGCUGGAAGUUUUACCAUGGAUAGAGUAAAAGAGAGUAUGUACUAAUAGAGUUUGCACCGAAUUCGAUAUAUAUAACUAAUGCCAUUUUACUACUGAUUUUUCCUCUCUUGAACAUACAAUUAAUGUUUAUUCAGUUUGCUGGUUAGUUAAACAGAAAACAAACAGUGAUCGGUUUCUUCAUGCACAAUUAAUGUGGAUUCUGAAAUACUAUACGGGGUGACGUACCGUAUUUUAAUUAAAUGUUUCUUGUUUGAAGGGAGGGGGAAAUUAGGUAGUGUUUGGAUUAAUUACCAUGUAUUCAAAUACUUAGAAAAUUGAGAUGUCAUUUGUCACGAAGCAAAAAUAAAAAUGGAUUGGAACCUGAAAAUUCUAUUAAAAAAAAGUCUAGCCCACUUGACUCAGCCAAUGCAUUCAUUGGAGCAUAAUAAUACCAAUCCAUUUAAUGACACAAAGGAAAAUUAAAUAAGGAUGACCGAAUGAAAAAGAGACAGACACACCAACCAGAGUGUAGCAAAUCUAUACCCCAAGAAGAAAAGUCCAUGGCCAACCCAACUACCUUUUAAGACUUUCAUUUUCAGUUAUCAACUUUCUUAGUUUUUAUUGAUUGUCUUAGUUUAAUUUCUUGACCAUUAACACAUGUCUCCGUUCUCUUUUUUUUUUUUUUGACAACAUCAUGUUUGACGGUGAGUUUACAAACCAAAGAGGGAUUCGCUCCGACUUUAGUUAGACCCUGCUAGUGGACGGUGGAAUUAGUCCUUCAAGAUUAGUCUAGUUGCGGGUUAGCUAACCCAAACAAUUGAAUUAUCCAAGGAAAAAAAAACAUCGGGAAUUAAUGUCUCUCCGUAGAUUCGAACCUCAAACUCUUCUUUGACUGAUGGUUAUUUCUUAUAUAUUUUUAUAUUCAGCUUCUACCAUCGUUUCCAAUUAAAAUUGGAGAAAUUACAACCAAUUAUUGAUUUACCAUUUUCAAUUUUCACUUCCAACCAAUUACGUCAUGCGUGCAACGAGUGUUUUUUUUGGGCUUUUGGUGGCCACUGGAAAGGCCAUACAAAUCUAUUCUAUAAACCUUGAAAUCCCAGUGGGCCUCUGCUGAAGAUGCGAAGAAGGGGUAAAAAUGUUAUCAACUUCAUCUCUAUCAAAGACCUGGAAAACUUAUAGGAAUAUGUCAAUGCUUCAAUAUAAAUUCACUUGAAAAUGGAAGCAAAGACUCAUUAUCUGGGAGAGGACAAUGCAAAGCAGGUAAAGCAACUUCAAGAGAAAGGGGGGUGGGAAACACUAAAGAGGUGUGUUCGGGUAUGUCCAAUGCAUGUGGACCCGCUACGGAUGGCAAUUUGUCCCGCCCCUGACCUGAUCGGUGUGGGUUUUCAUCAAAUUUUUGGGUACCAGACAGGUUUGGAGAAAAUUACAAAAACCCAAUCAAGAUCGGGUAGGGUUUGGAUCGAUAUUACACCGACUCAUUAUCUGCCCCCAAGUAUUUUUAUAUACAAUUACGUUUAACCCUAAUAUAAUUAUCAUUAUACUUAUGAUAUUAUUAUCAUCAUACUAAAAAAAUAAUAUUUUUAGCCUUCUAUCUUCACCGUCAUACGCCACAUAUAUAACACUAUUAUUUUCUUCCAUUAUGUUU